GCUCGGGUGCUGCUAUAAGCUCUCGGUGAGACGCCGCGCGCCCUCCUUCCUCUUCGCUCGGAGUUUCGUGGCGCGUCGAGUCCUCAUCAUAUUCACGGGAGACAUGGCCGGCUAUUUGAAAGUCUUCAGCUCUCUGUCGAGGUCCGCCGCCGCAGCCUUUUCCAGACACCCCGCGGUGCUCGCCCCGGCUGCUCAGCGGCAGACUUCGCAACAAAGGAACUAUGGCGACAAGCGCAUCCAAGUGGCCCAGCCCGUGGUGGAGAUGGACGGCGAUGAAAUGACCAGGAUCAUCUGGGAGUUCAUCAAGGAAAAGCUCAUCCUGUCCAACGUGAACGUGGAGCUCAAGUACUUUGACCUGGGGCUGCCCUACCGAGACCAGACCGACGACCAGGUCACCAUCGACUCCGCCCUGGCCACCAAGAAGUACAGCGUGGCCGUCAAGUGCGCCACCAUCACGCCCGACGAAGCCAGAGUGGAAGAAUUUGGCCUGAAGAAGAUGUGGAAGAGCCCCAACGGAACCAUCCGCAACAUCCUGGGCGGCACGGUGUUCCGCGAGCCCAUCAUCUGCAAGAACAUCCCCAGGCUGGUCCCCGGCUGGACGCGGCCCAUCACCAUCGGCAGGCACGCCUUUGGCGACCAGUACAGAGCCACCGACUUCGUGGUGGACCGGCCCGGCAAGUUCAAGAUGGUCUUCUCGCCCGCCGACGGCGGCGCGGCCAAGGAAUGGGAGGUGUACGACUUCCCCGCCGGCGGCUGCGGGAUGGGCAUGUACAACACGGACGAGUCCAUAACCGGCUUUGCACACAGUUGCUUCCAGUACGCCAUUAACAAGAAGUGGCCUCUAUACAUGAGCACAAAGAACACCAUUCUUAAAGCGUACGACGGCCGAUUUAAAGACAUCUUCGAGGACAUCUUUCAAAAGCACUACAAGCCCGAAUUUGACAAACUGAAGAUCUGGUACGAGCACAGGCUGAUCGACGACAUGGUCGCCCAAGUGCUGAAGUCUUCCGGAGCCUUUGUGUGGGCGUGCAAGAACUACGACGGCGACGUUCAGUCGGACAUCCUCGCCCAAGGUUUCGGCUCUCUGGGCCUCAUGACGUCCGUGCUGGUGUGUCCCGACGGCAAGACCAUCGAGGCGGAGGCCGCCCACGGCACCGUGACCCGGCACUAUCGCGAGCACCAAAAGGGAAGGCCGACGAGCACCAACCCCAUCGCCAGCAUCUUCGCCUGGACCAGAGGCCUGGAGCACCGAGGGAAACUGGACGGAAACCCCGACCUCAUCAAGUUCUCCCAGACCUUGGAGCGCGUGUGCGUGGAGACGGUGGAGAGCGGCACCAUGACCAAGGAUCUCGCCGGCUGCAUCCAUGGCUUGUCCAACGUCAAGCUGAACGAGCACUACGUCAACACCACGGACUUCCUGGACGCCAUCAAGACCAAUUUGGAGAAGGCUCUGGGCAAGUGAAGGACUCGAGCGAACGCGGAGACGGACGGCGUCGGCGCUCUGCUGUUUUUGUACCUCAUUUUUAACUUCUAGGUCAACCAAUUCACAGGCAUUUUCACCUGAAGGAUUUGCGUGCUCCUCGAGGGCUCGCGACACGGUGCGGAAUCGCCCUCGCGCUUCCCGCCUCCCCGACACCCGUCCCUCGUCUUGCAAGGUUUUAUUUUUGUAAUGUGAAGUACUGUGUUCCAUGCUGUGUCAUGCCUGAGCCAAGACUUAGCUGCAAUAAAAACCCUCUGUUUGACCCA